GAGGAGCACAGCGGCGGCCAUCUUGGGACGUAGGAUCCUUCGGCCGUGGGCGGGGCAACCAGUGAGGGAUUCGGGAGCCUGAUGGGUGUGGCCCGGGGUCGCUGAGGACAAAGCGGAGACCCCGAACGGGGGAGUUCACCCCCCCCCCCACGUCCGCAGUACCUACUCGCCGAGCGGUGCUGGGUCUCAGCGAGCCGCCGCGGGGCAGAGCCGAGCCACCGCUAUGAGCGCCGAAGCCGCUGACCGGGAAGCGGCCACUUCCAGCCGCCCUUGCACCCCGCCGCAGACCUCCUGGUUCGAGUUCCUGCUGGAGGAGGCGUUGCUGGAGACGCACCUGAAGAAGCCCUGCCCUGAUCCUCCACCUGUUCAGUUGAUUGUCCAAUUUUUAGAGCAGGCUUCUAAGCCAUCAGUGAAUGAGCAGAACCAGGUCCAGCCUCCGCCUGAUAACAAGAGAAACCGUAUUUUAAAACUCCUUGCUCUUAAAGUUGCUGCACACUUAAAGUGGGAUUUGGAUGUACUAGAGAAAAGUUUGUCUGUUCCUGUACUGAAUAUGUUGCUGAAUGAACUACUAUGCAUUAGCAAAGUUCCUCCAGGAACUAAACAUGUAGAUGUGGACCUAUCCAGUUUACCUCCAAACACUGCAAUGGCUAUACUCCUCUACAAUAGAUGGGCCAUUAGGACCAUUGUCCAAAGUAGUUUUCCUGUAAAACAAGUGAAACCUGGUCCACCUCAGUUAAAUGCAAUGAAUCAGAUACAGCAGGAAAAGGAACUUACAGAAAAUAUUUUAAAAGUGCUGAAAGAGCAGGCUGCUGAUUCCAUCCUGGUGCUAGAAGCAGCACUUAAAUUAAACAAAGAUCUUUAUGUCCACACUAUAAGAACUCUGGAUUUAUUAGCCAUGGAGCCUGGCAUGGUGAAUGGAGAAACGGAGAGUUCCACAGCUGGAUUGAAAAUCAGUACUGAGGAAAUGCAAUGCCAGAUUGGUUCAUCAUCACUUCAUUGCACCAUAGAUGAGAAGAGAUUAGCUGGGUACUGUCAAGCUUGUGGAGUUCUUACAUCAUCAUCCAAUAGUACAUCACAACAGUCAACUCCUUAUAGUCAAAUCCAUUGCUGUAUGAGAUGUGGCAACUAUCAGGAGUUAGUGAAGAUUUUCCUUGAAGAUAAUAUAACUCUCAGGUUACCUGUUCAGUUCAGACAGUCUGUGAUGAGAGAACUCUUCCAGAAAGCGCAGCAGGGGAAUGAUGUUCUAGAUGAAAUCUGUUUCAGAAUCUGUACAUGCAACACUGUUUGUGAUGUAAUGCAGGGUCGAGCAAUUGGUAUUCAGUUUAACCAGCUAUUUCUUAAACCAAACAAAGAGAAAAUAGACUUUCUCCUUGAGGUUUGUUCAAGGUCAAUAAACUUAGAACAUGCUUCAGAAUCUUUGAAAAGAAAAAUGGCAGCUUUUCUCAAGAAUAUGUGUUUGAGUUUGGAGGAUCUUCAGCUUGUUUUCAUGAUUUCCUCUCAUGAGCUGUUCAUAACCUUACUGAAAGAUGAUGAACGGAAGCUGCUCAUUGAUCAAAUGAGGAAAAGAUCACCUCGAGUCAAUCUGUGCACUAAACCUGUGACUUCAUUUUAUGAUAUUCCAGCAUCAGCAAGUGUCAAUAUUGGCCAGCUGGAACAUCAGCUUAUAUUAUCAGUGGAUCCCUGGAGGAUUCGCCAGAUUUUAAUUGAGUUGCAUGGCAUGACCUCAGAACGCCAAUUCUGGACAAUUUCUAGCAAGUGGGAAGUACCAAAUGUUUAUGGCAGUGUUAUCCUUGGAAUUAAAGACAACUUGACUAGAGAUUUGGUCUACAUCCUGAUGGCAAAGGGGUUACACUGCAGUGCAAUUAAGGAUUUUGUUCAUGCAAAGCAGCUUUUUGCUGCUUGCCUGGAGCUUGUGACGGAGUUUUCUCCAAAGCUGCGCCAGGUCAUGCUGAAUGAGAUGCUGCUCUUAGAUAUUUACACUCACGAAGCAGGAGCAGGGGCUUCUGGAGAACGUCCUCCUCCUGAUUUGAUCAGCAGAGUCCGAGGAUAUUUGGAAAUGAGGGUACCUGAUAUUCCGCUUCGACAAGUUGUAGCAGAGGAAUGUGUUGCCUUCAUGUUAAACUGGCGGGAGAAUGAAUACUUAACUAUGCAAGUUCCUUUACUUCUGGUUCAGACUAAUCCAUAUGUGAAGUUGGGGCAGCUUUUGGCUGCCACAUGCAAAGAACUUCCAGGCCCCAAAGAAAGUAGGCGGACAGCUAAAGACCUUUGGGAAGUCGUUGUGCAGAUCUGCAGUGUAUCCAACCAGCACAAGCGAGGGAGUGAUGGCAGAGUGAGUUUAAUAAAACAGAGAGAGUCUACAUUAGGCAUUAUGUACAGGAAUGAAUUACUCUCUUUUAUCAAAAAGUUACGGGAACCACUGGUUUUGACUACAAUAUUAUCCCUGUUUGUUAAGCUUCAUAAUGUUCGGGAAGACAUUGUGAAUGAUAUUGCAGCAGAGCAUAUUUCUAUUUGGCCAUCAACUAUUCCCAACCUUCAGUCAGUGGAUUUUGAAGCUGUAGCUGUUACUGUAAAAGAGCUGGUCAGUUAUGCAUUGACUAUAAACUCAAACAACCACUUCUGGUUAAUUAUUCAGGCAGAUAUUUAUUUUGCAACAAAUCAGUAUUCAGCAGCCCUUCAUUAUUACCUUCAAGCAGGAGCAGUAUGCUCUGAUUUCUUUAAUAAGAUGGUACCGCCUGAUGUAUACACAGACCAGGUGAUAAAAAGAAUGAUAAAAUGCUGUUCUUUGCUCAACUGCCACACCCAGGUAGCAAUUUUAUGUCAGUUUCUCAGAGAAAUAGACUAUAAAACAGCAUUUAAGGCACUGCAGGAACAAAACAGCCAUGAUGCUAUGGACUCUUACUAUGACUACAUCUGGGAUGUUACCAUUUUAGAAUACUUGACAUAUCUCCAUCAUAAAAGAGGAGAGACAGACAAGAGACAAAUAGCAAUAAAAGCUAUUGGCCAGACAGAGCUGAAUGCUAGCAAUCCAGAGGAAGUAUUGCAACUUGCUGCACAGAGACGAAAAAAGAAAUUUCUUCAAGCAAUGGCAAAACUUUACUUUUAAACAUUCCUAUAAAUGCUGGUGUAGAGUGGAAAAUAUUUCACUUUAUUUAACUUGUGUUGAGUAUUUCAAAUUUUUAUACAAUACGUAUUUACAAGCAUAGUGUGGCUUUUUAAAAUAGAUGAAAUAUUAAAACCCAUUAUCUUACUUAAGUUAGUAUUCCAGAUCUUUUGUACAAUUUUGUAAUGCUUUUUUAAAAAAAAUCAAGUUGAAGCAAUGAGUUCAAGCUUCAGUUAAGUUAACUAGUAGAGAAUGCUGAGUUUAUGUACAUUAGAGAGGCUACUACUUAUUGUGAUGUGCUCAAAAAUAAGCACUACUCACAUUGCCAGCAAGAGUCUUGCUUUGAGUUCUAUAAAAUUUACUCUGCCCUACUGAAGCAUAUAAUUCCUACAUUGCUCAAAAAGAUGCUCCUUGCUGGAGCAGCUACUCAUGGCAGGAGUAGAGGUAGUGAAUAAUGCUGUUUUAAACAUUGAUACCUGCACAGUAUGGGCUAUUAGAAGUACUGCUUCCACUUUGA